AUGGCAACGAAAAGUUUCGAGGGAAAACUUUUAAACUGCGAGAAAAACCUUUCCAAAACUUGCAAUUGCAGGAAGCAGUGCAAUAACUGUGGUAUCUUCCUGAGUUUCUUUGUGCUGUCGCUGUGCCUUCACCUGGUCACUCUAGUUUGCUACUUGGAUCUCCGAUCCGAGGUUAGACGGGAACUGAGGCUGCAGAGCAGGAGCGAGGUUUCAGGCGCACCAACACCGGAUGGUACCCGUCCUAAGAGCAAGCCUGAGUGGGAAACGCGAUCAGCUGCUCCUGCCGCUCCCGAGGCGCACAUAAUAAAUUAUUUACCCAUUGGUGAUCUGGCACAACGUCAUGGAAGUCAAGUCCAGGUGAUUCAUCGGAUGAAGCGAAGCCAACCCAAAGAGCCAGGAGAAAAAGGUAAAAGCAAAAGCAAAGGGAAAGGCAAGAAAAUGGGUCCGCCUGGUGCACAGGGGCCGCCAGGUCCUCCAGGCCCCCCCGGACCGCAAGGCCCCCCGGGAAUCCCAGGAAUCCCUGGAAUACCAGGAACAGCAGUGUUGUCAGCUCCUGGACCACCAGGUCCACCUGGUCAGCCAGGACCUCCUGGACCACCAGGGCCACUAGGUACUUUGGACAAAGCUUCAGACAGUCGGUCAGCAAUGGAAGUUGUCCACCUCCAGGGUCAUGACUCAGUGAUUCAAGUUAAACAAGGUGGUGUUCUGGCCGACUGGGUUCGAUCGUCGCUGAAUCAUAAGGUCUUCCGAUUACACAGCCGAAGUGGACAGUUGGAGGUACUUGCGGAUGGCACCUACUUCAUCUAUAGUCAGGUAGAAGUUUACUACAUUAACUUUACUGACUUCGCAAGUCACGAGAUACUUGUAGACGACAAGCCAUUCUUGCAGUGUACGCGCAGCAUUGAAAACCGCAAGUCAAAGUUCAAUACCUGCUACACAGCUGGUGUGUGCCUACUGAAAGCCAGGCAGAGGAUUGCAGUCAAGAUGACGUACGAAGAUACAGUCAUAAACAUGAGCAAGCACACAACGUUCUUUGGAGCAGUGAGACUCGGAGAAUCCCCAUAGGUGUGGGAAAUAAGGGAGUCGAGUACAGAAGUGAAAACCGAAAAAAAAGGCAGCAUCCUUAAAGAGGUCAUGCAAAAUUUAUAUUGAAGUACAGCAUAAGUUAAAGUUUAUUUCAUUUAACCAAAACAAGUUGA